GUAUUACCGUGGGAUACUUUAAUCCACCCAUUGCAUCCCCUGUUUCCACGUAGCAUUCGCUUGAUCUGCCAUAAAGGAUCAAAUAUGAGUGAAGAUCAGUCCCUGACACAUGCCAUUAUGACUGUAGAAGUACCGGCGGUGGUUGGCUUUGGCAAUCCAUUGCUAGAUAUUUACACAUCCCUCGAGAGCGAUGAUAUUUUGAAAAAAUAUAACCUCGAAGUUGAUGGCGAGCAAGAACUUCCAGUAGAAAUAAUCCAACAGCUUAUCAACGAAUUUCCUCCUGAAUCGAAACAUCAUGUCAGUCCUGGAGGUUGUGCUCAGAAUACCAUGCGGGUCUUGCAGUGGUUAUGCGGUGGAGUUGAGGGGCGUCAAUUGGGGAUAUUUUGCGGAGGACUUGGAGAUGAUCCUAGAGGAAAAACUCUGGACCACAUGGUUCGCGCAUCUGGCUUAGAUACUCGAUACGCAGUUUACCCUGAUUUACCCACUGGAGUUUGUAUUUCUAUGAUCACAAAACCAUUUCGAAGUCUUGUUGCACAUUUGGGUGCUGCUGGUGUCUAUACUUUGGAAAAUUUGAAACAUGGAAACUUGCCAUUUAGUUCAUUAAAGAUAAUUUAUAUCGAAGGAUUUUUCAUUACGCAUAGCUUUGACGUUGCAUUAGAGCUGGUCAAAGUAGCUGCAGAAAAGGGUAUUACUGUAGCAUUCAACAUUAGUGGCGAGUACAUCUUUCAGGAACAUCAUGCUGCAAUCUGUAAGAUGGUCAAUUCGUCUGGUAUAGUCUUUGGUAAUUCCAGAGAGAUGAAAGCUCUGGCUCGAGUAUUGAAUCUCUGUUACAACAAUGUGGAGGAGAUCCCAAUUCUAUUGAACAAUUUAAAAAGGGUUACAGUUGGAGCUUCAAGCAAGAAUCAGAGUAAUUGGUUUUUGGACAAUGGUAUCAUCGUAAUGACUCAGGGUGGAAGAUCCCCAGCUAUAGUGGUUUGGGGAGAGGGUGAAUCUGCUGAGGUGCUUCCUGUAGUUCCUGAAGCACCAGUAUUGGAUACGACUGGUGCAGGUGAUUCUUUAGUGGCAGGUUUCUUGCUUGGUGUACUAGCUGGAAGAAGACCAAAGUCGUGUUUGCAGUUAGGCUGUAAAGUCGCAAGCAUGAUUGUUACUAGAAUUGGUGUAACUUUGCCGGAUGUCGUGCCGGAACAUAUAUUGAAAUAAAGAUCUGAUUUUUUUCGUCCGUA